AUGUUGUAUAGAGGAUUCUCCAAUAAAUUGAUACGAAUCAGAGAUCUAAAAUACAGCGCAAAACUAUACUCAUCGUCCUCACCCAGGAACAGUCUAUCCCCUAUCUUGGAUGAACUCCAAGACAGAACAAAACUAGCACCGCAGAGAGAAAAGUUGCAUGAGAGAGAUAUCCUCGUAAUAAAUCCAUAUAGACUAGAAGAUGCAAAGCUCAAAAGGCUUCAUGACCAGCAUGCGAUAUCUCCAAAUCACUCGCUGCAGACUGGGAUAUCAAAUUGGAACUUGUUACAAGACCACUCACAGAAUACCGGGCCUGACAUAAAUGGUGAUGCAAACUUGGGGUUAUUCCAAAGCAUCGAAUCUAUAAAUUUACAAACAUCUCUCAAAGACGAAAUCUCAAAGGGUGAGUAUAUGGCCAUGACCAACAAGCUAUGCAAGUCCUUCUCUAGAAAGCAAUUAUUUAAGUAUGUACAGAUUAGAUGCUCCAGCUCAACUGGGAUUUCUAAGAAAACCAAGAAACAACUAUCCGAGUUUAUAGUGACUUCAAUAUGGAACUUGAAGGUUUCAGAAAGUAACAUAGACUUCACCGACUUAAGGAAAAAGAAGACUUUGGAGUUCCCCAUACAAGAUAUGCAUUUGUUGUUGCUGAACAACGGAGAGAUUAUAAAGAGUUUAUUGAAGAUUAACGUCCAGGUUUCCAUAUUGCCCGACGGGAAAGGAAUCACUUUGACUGGCGGUCCAGAUCAAAUUCAAGCAGCAGAGUUGAUUAUCAAUAUCAGGAUACAAAGGGCCUUUAAGGGAACAUUUGACUUGAAGGUGAUCAAGAGUUUGUUUGAAGAAAAGUUCGGUAAAUUCGACUUGGAUGUAGUUUCCAAGACCACUGAAGUAUUUUUCAAAGAAUUGGAAGCUUCAAGUGAUCACCCAGGUGUAAGUAAUGGGGGCAUAUAUCAAUUUAUUGCCCUUACCAAUGAACAAGUACGUAGAGCCAACAGGUUGUUAUUAUGGCUCCUCGAUUACAACACUCACAGAAGCGAGAAGUUAUUGGUAAUAGGGAGCAAAAAUGAGGCAGAAAAGGAAGACCUUCACUUCUUUCCCUAUAGGGACCAGGAUUCGUUGUCCUGGCUCUCGAGGGAAAAGAACCUUGUCAGAUUGAAGAAAGAUACUGAUGAGAUAUACGUAAAUGAAAAUAUCGCAAAGGAAUUGGAAAGGUACUCCGAUAGCAAUCUUUUAAGGCAGGUGCCUAAGUAUGACACUGCUAUAACUAAUGCAAAGUCGUUACCUACUAGCUACGGCAAUUCUGAACAAAUUGACGAAAACACCAGGGCCUUGUUGAGGGAAUUGGGUCUUCAUGAGGAAGAUUUGAGUCCACCAAAAGAGAUGAAAAAAGAAGUAGAUCCAUUUUCCUUAUUGGGCCAUGAUAUUGCAGCUGAUCAACAUAAAAAUGAACAUAAAAUUCACUCUGUAGAGCCUGCUCCUAUAGAAUUAUCAUCAGACGAAAGAGAAUUGAUUUACAAGCACUUGACAGAUUUCUCGUACCGGGGCAAUUUGUACGGGGUUGAAGCCUCGAAAAUUAAUGAUCCAAUAUUCACUACCACUUUGGGUACUAUUUUGUUCGAAGAAGCUGACGAACAAGCCAACUUCACCUUCAAUUCGAAUAUUGCAUUUAUAAACGACCAUUUCUUGAAGAAAGGCUUUUUAGACUAUGAUAAGAACUCGUCAGCUCUGAGUAAUGCUCAGUUGACAGACCCUCACGAUUAUCUAAUCAAAUUAAAAUUCUUACCCUUACUUAUAGAAGGUAAAAACCAAAUCAAGUAUCCUCCAAUAGAGUUCCACAUCAAAUUAAAUGAAUCCAAUAAGCCUGACUUAGAACAGCUGCACAUGUUAACAGUGGAAGGUGAAAACAACUACUAUGUAUCAUUGCCCGCAAGCAAGGUUGACUUGAAGGUGAGCUGCCAGAUUACAGGUGACUUAAUAGGCGGUGAAGAAGACGAGAGUUUGCUGGCCAGUAACGAGGCUGAUCUUACUGAAGUACAGCAAGAAGAAUUGUCAGAAAACGAUCCUUUUUCUCUCAAAUCAAUUCUUAACUCGACCUCUUCUAAGUUCAAAAAAUUCAACAAUCAACCGGGUAUCAAAAAAUUCUUCGAUUCCGCUGCGUUGGACUUCAGCGGGUACAAGAAGACUUUCAUUCCACCCAAUCUUGAAGUGAAUAUAAAUGGAGAGACUGUAAAGUACCAGCAUAUCAGUACGUACCAUAGGAGAACUAUUGAAUCCGAAAUCCAGGGUAGAGUGGUGGAAUUCAAUGUGGUAGAAGGGGGAUCGUACGGAGGGCGCAAAAUAGAGAUAAAUAUUAUCGGAGAUCUCGAGGGAGAUAUCAGCGAAGCAUCGUUCAACGAGUUGUUGGGCUAUUCCACAGAUAUAAUCAGGAAGUUGUAA